ACGGCCAUGUUGUCUCUGUGUAGACUAAACCUGCACAGAUGUUUGUUAAUGAGGCUGACGUUGGUUGUGUCAGUUGUCAGCUUCAACUCUAAAAUCAAACUACGCAGACAGACAUAGUUCAAGCUGAUCACACUGUAGUUUGGAUCAAGGUGACGUCAGCUUAAAUGGUUGGUUCCAAUGCAACAGCAAGAUUUUACAGACUGGUAUUUUCCAAAACAUUCAGUGUCAACACUUCGGAUCCCUCAGUUCAGUUUCAUUUCAAAUAAAAUCCACAAUCAGUGUCUGAGGAGGAGGAGUGCCCAUCCAAAAACACUCUGUCCACCGAUAUCAGUUCAUAAAGUAAUAUUCUCUUGUCCUGGUUUAAGAGUGAGAUUUUUUUUCUCUAUGAUAUGGUCCCAUGUCACUAUGGCUGCUGUACUCAUCCUAUUUUUGCCCUUCAUUCUCUUCUGUGGCUCGGUACACUAGAAAAUUACCUCAGUUCCACUAUUUGUCUUUUCAGAGAACGCCACUGGUCUGAUCCGUGCUUCUUGGUUUUUAUUUGAUGUUUUCUAUGCAAGUUGUUGGGUUGUGAGAAAAAUUUUUUUCCUUUCAGACUCUAUGAAACUCACUCUGUGUUCUGGAAAAGGCUCAUGGACAUUUCUUCAUGUAUUAUACUGUAUCUGUAACCAAAAUCAUUUGAAGGCCCAUGAUAGAAUUUUUAACAAAAGUUUGUACAUUUUGUAUGGGAGUUAUUACUAGUUAUACUUUAUAAAGUAGUGCAAUGUUUUUUUUAAUCCUUUAUUCCAUCUUUUGGUCGUCAAAAGCUGGAUCAAUAAAUGUAUAACAACUUCUUCUAAAACGCUGCUUGUUCACUCAUUCAUUUACAGGACUUCUACUACUACUUUUCACCUGCAACUCUCACUGCUGCAGAUAGAGGUCAGUGUUGUUGCCACGUCACAAGAUCACAAGUCUAGAUGUUCUUCAGGUUUUUGGUCCCAUUUUCCAAAAACACAGGGAUUAUGGGAUAUCAAAAUUUGAACAAUUUUGUUGUCACAUUUGAACGUAAAAGUAUAUUCUAGUUCAAGGUUAAACUGUAAACUCAGUUUGUCCAGAUUUUCAAAAAAAAAAAAAAAAAAAAUCAGCAUCCAGACAUUUAUAUAAAAUUGUGAUACAAGGAUGCAUUAUGUUUCACAUGUUGCUAGGUGACAGUUGCGUUCAUUGUCUUUUCUCCUUACACCCUAUUAUAGUUCUUAAAUGACCACUCAGAGGUUGUGUCUGGGGGUCACUGUUUGAAUAGUCAGGUUAGAAUACUACCCAACAUUAGUUGUGUAAAUUUUCCCUUUGCAUUAAUCCAUACCUACAACAGGAGUCGUGGGCUGCCCCCUGGUGGAAGUGGAGCUUUUGGUGGACUUCAACCGGCAAACUCUGAUAACAAGCUCUGUCCUUUAAGCACUACCAGGUGAUUUGUCCGGAUGAUUAUUAGAAUGAAGAAAAUCAUCUCGUGAGUCAUAACACUUCUAUUCAACUGUAUCUGUAGUCACUGCAGAAUGUUCUGGAUUUCACAGCUCUACCUUUGAAGUGACGCCUCCCGCUCUCAGCCUUGUUGUUUAAAAAAGUCUAUCUUUGUGCCGCACGGUGGCAAUGUUGUACUCUUUGCUCGCAGAGACAAUAAUCUAUGUAUAAUUCCGAUCACAGGUUCGGUUAAAGUUGUCAUCUAUUUGUCACAGUACAAAAUAUUCAUAUAUUAAUGCUAAUGCUAAGGCCACUGCUAACGGGAGUUACACGUGCACUAAAUCUCAACUCGAACGCAACGGAAGUGUGAUAAUGAUUAUAAAGCAGUUAUUUCAUUUAUUUUAUCGUGUUCAGAAACCAUUUUUUGUGUGUAAAAUGUUUUUAUUUUGUUAUUCUAUGUCUGUUCAGAAAACGUGACCUCAAAAACAAAUCCACCAUGUCUGGCAGUGACAACAUAAAAGGAGGAGACAGCGGUACACACUGGAUGGAGUCUCCUCCUCCUCCAACACCGUACACCUCCUCCACUGUGGGCUCCUCUUCUCCUUUUACUCCUCUCUGGUCGUCACGGAGUUUGGUCUUUGGUGAACACCGACUUUACCAGGACUGUUUCCUGACGAACCACUGCCUCCUCACCCCGGGCUGCUGUAACCCGUUUACGUACGAGAGCUAGGCGUUAACAGGAGGAAGUGAACUUGGGAGAAGUGACUGCUGCUGCUGCUGCUGUUGUGAUUCCUCUUCAUUCACACUUGACACUUACUUCGUACGGUGUACUUUGGCUCCAGAUGAUACGGCUGGUUUGUGGCUGAGGCGGUGGAACCGAAGCGCUGUGUCCUGGUUCUGUUGGACAGUACCGUUUGCUGUGACAUCUGUUGUAAACGGGUAAAACUUCUUUUUAACUUUUUUAUUUGGCCAGAGGCGGACAACCGAAGAAGAAGUUACUCAGAAGUGUCCGGCAGCAGCAGUACUGGAUAUUUGACCUCAUACAAAGAUCGUUUCUGAGGAAAGAGAGAAAACGACAAGAUUGACCGGCGUGAUGACACCCAGCAUUUACCUCCUCAUCCUCACCAUCAUCCUCACCUCCUUUCUCACAAGCUGCAGGUCGGAGAACGCUGAGGAGCGACUGGUCAACUACUUGUUAGGUCCAGAACGCUACAAUAAACUGGUCAGACCUGCGGUGAACAAGAGCCAACAGGUCACCAUCUCCCUGCAGGUGUCUCUGUCUCAGCUCAUCAACGUUAAUGAAAGGGAGCAGAUCAUGACGACCAACUUAUGGCUGUGUCAGGAGUGGAAUGACUACAGACUGAGGUGGGACCCAGACCAAUAUGAGGGCAUCAAAAAACUACGGAUUCCCUCCAAACACAUCUGGCUUCCUGAUAUUGUUCUUUAUAACAAUGCUGACGGUGUCUAUGAGGUCUCCAUCUACUGCAAUGCUGUGGUUUCCAACACGGGGGACAUUUUUUGGCUUCCCCCAGCCAUCUACAAGUCAGCUUGUGCCAUCGAGGUGCAGAACUUCCCCUUCGACCAGCAGAACUGCACUCUGAAGUUCCGCUCUUGGACCUAUGACCACACCGAGGUGGACCUCAUUCUGACCAGUGACUUUGCCAGUCGCGAUGACUUCAAACCCAGCGGUGAGUGGGACAUCGUGUCGCUGCCUGGACGUAAGAACGAGGACCCUGACGACAUCACCUACCUGGACAUCACCUACGACUUUGUCAUCAAGAGGAAGCCUCUGUUCUACACCAUCAACCUGAUCAUCCCCUGUGUCCUCAUCACCUCACUGGCCAUCCUGGUCUUCUAUCUGCCUUCAGACUGUGGGGAGAAGAUGACGCUGUGCAUGUCCGUGCUGCUGGCUCUCACUGUGUUCCUGCUGCUGAUAUCAAAGAUAGUGCCACCCACCUCACUGGCAGUGCCCCUCAUUGGAAAGUACCUGAUGUUCACUAUGGUUCUGGUCACUUUCUCCACCGUGUGCACCGUCUGUGUCCUUAACGUCCACCACCGUUCCCCGUCCACCCACCACAUGCCAGAAUGGGUCAAGAAGUUAUUCCUGGUCCAACUGCCAACCUUCCUCCUCAUGAGGCGCCCAGGUUCAUCCAAUGUCCGUGAUAAACUAUGCAGGAAGUACGCACUUCCAAAUAGCACUUCCAGGAACUGCAUGGGGAAGAAGCAGUACUCCAACAUCCACCUGGGCGGGAUUCGACCGGACACCGACUCUAUCUACGUGAAUGAGGACCUGGCACAGAAGUAUUGUUGGAGGAUGAGCAACCUCCCAGAGGAUUGUGCAGGGGUUUCAGAAUCACCCCGGCUUUUGGCCAGUCAGUGGGAUAUGGAUCUGGAGGAAGCCGUGGAUGGAGUGAAGUACAUCGCUGAACACAUGAGGACUGAAGAAGAUGAUGAAGGGAUCAUCGAAGACUGGAAAUACGUUGCUAUGGUGAUAGACCGUCUGUUCCUGUGGAUCUUCAUCUUGGUGUGUGUGGUGGGAACACUGGGCCUUUUCCUGCAACCGCUCAUCCAAAGCUACAACAUACCCACAGCUGAUGAAACUGAGAUUGGAGAAUUCUAGGGCUUUAACAACACAAUACGGAGAAGGCCUGAAUGAACUUCUUUUACAGUAAGUCUUAACUGUCCAACAAUGGAUGGACUCAGACGGGUCUCUAUUUCUGGAUGAUAGUGGUAAAAAAAGAAGACACUGAAGUCUGGUAGUUUGAUCUCAAAUAACAAAAUACAUUGGUAAUGGAACAUGUUUUAACCUUCGUGUCUUCACUGUCAACAAGGGCACAAAGAUAUUUAUAGAGUUCAAAACAUGAACACUCAGCUGUUCAGCUCAGUUUUUACAUACAAACAAACUCCAAAAGGCUGAUUUUCUGUGUGUUUUUAAUCCAUACCUCAAGCGCUCUCCUUUACGGUACUGAUACUGUGAAAAAUCAUAUUAUACUCUGAAUGUGUGAGACACAGUACUUUGUCUCCUCCAACAUCAUAAAAAUAUGAAGUACACCUUUUUUCCUCCUGCCUUUUACUUGUUCUGCUUCAGAGCCCUGGACUUGACUCCACCAUCCAUCUGCUCAGCAUUACUCUGCACAUUAAUUCACUGUUAUAUUUAAACACCGGUUGUUGUUGUUGUUGUUGUUGUCCUGCUUUAUUCUGACACCUAAAAUAUUUCUUCAUAAAAAGUUUUAAUGAAAA